AUGAUUUAUAUUCCAUUCUUCAACGUGUUUCCAGAGGAUUGGAUCUGCCCUUUCAGCUGUUUGCACAGGUUGGCUUUAUAUGUGAGGACAAGGCUAUGUGGCCUAGUCCAAGGGAGGGUGCCAAAAGUGAAGAUCCUCUUUGUUGGCCCCAGUGAAGGUGGAAACUUGGAAAACUCCUCGUCAGAGAGCACCGAAGGCAUUGGUAGUUAUCUCCCAACACAUGCAGUAAGGAUCCUGGAAUACGAGAAGCCAGAUUUCAGGGGAAAUGGCAAAGGAGCAGGGUGUUGGAUUAAACUGUGGGAUUGUGGGGACGGGGAUAAAAAAUCCGAGACUUUCUGGCCAGCACUGAUGAAAGAUUCCCAUGGGGUCACUAUUGUUUUUGACCAAGGCUUGUCUGGCUAUGUGGAGAUUGAAAUGUGCCACUCUUGUUUUGUCCAGCAACAGCAGCUGCCAGAGAGCCAGUGCCUGCUCAUUUCACAUCACAAACCAGGCAGCGCAAUGAACCUGGGAAAUCUCACUUUGCCUCCACUGCUGAACAGGUUGCAGGUCGUCCACUCUGGCCUUGAAGAAGACCCUGGAGAUUGGAUGGAAUUCAUGAAGUUCCUCAGUGGCAUUAUCAAGUUGGGAGAUGAGAACUGA